GUGACGUUUAAUACUGCGGACAGAUUGAGUUUUGAGCGUGUAGAAAGCGGAACAAACAAAGCUUUUAUUUUGAAGAAAACGUCACAUGACUUGUGAUCACCAGCUAUUUUCAGCGCAGUCACAUGAGUGCACUUUCAGAUUUCUCUUGUUAUCCACUUCUGAGCGCAAAUCUAUAAAUGACUUUUUGCUGCACCUAGAGGUAAUAACUGCACGGCAAAGGACGUCCAGAUGACCGUAGUAUCAGCGCAUUUGCGCGCGCAGGAUGACGAGAGUCACGUGUUUACGGUCACAACAUCAUGGCUUCUAUCAGCACAGAGGAAGCAAAAUAAUGUCGCCUGGCAGGAACUAAAGUCCUCUGUUAGACAUUUGACGUGAUUUUAUUUCCCCUCUGGAUUUCAUUGCAUGCCUGUAUGGAUGAAUUAGCGCUGAGGAAAGAUGGGAGCUGACAUUACACCCAGCAGUUAGUGAGAGGCUGACUACAGAGCAGAGAAAUUCAAUGUUCAGUGAUGCUCACUGUCCCACCCAUUUAUGAACUUCUCAUGGUGGAAUAGGAGGAUCCUUAUGUUCCUUUCAUAGAGGAGCAGUAAAGCUUUGGCAUCAAGACUUUGGCUUAUACUGGUUAAACCCUGAGAGGUUGUCAUGGAGUGGCUGGCCUCAGCCUUAGAGCGGGACCUUGGACUGGACCAGCGGCAGAUUGGACCAGGAACACGACCUCAUGAGCUGGUGGCACUCGUUUCGACCCGCUGGAUUAUGGGACUAAGAGAAAGGAGGGUAACCCGUUGUGCUCGUUAUGACUGUAGUAGUGAUGGAGAUAUCCGUACUCUUCUCCAGCGCUCUCAGGUAAAGUUACCACCUGGAUGGACUCGUGUUUGCAUCCAGGGUCUAAGGAAAAGCAAGUUGGGGUAUAGGAUUGCCAGGGAGCCAGGCUGGCAUGGGGAGGGCUCCCAGGACUCUUUCAUGAGACAGAUGCAGGAAGUGUCAGAGUGCAACAUCAGGAAUCUUUGGCAUGAGGCGUAUAUGAACCAUGUGCAGCCAUAUGCAAGUGCUACAGACCAAACACAGGUGUUGGCCAUUGAUGCAGUACAGCAAGCUUUGCAAAAACUGUUUGGCUGUACAUUUCUCUCAACUGACCGGUUGUCGCCAUCCCUCUCUCCAGCCAGAGAGAAGGAGAAAGAGUGUCCUCUAUCAUCCAGCUCCUCAGCUGUCAAGCAGAACACAGACACUCUGUGUCCAAAUGUGGUCCCAGCUGAAUGCUUGCUUGAGUCAGGGGAGAUGAUGUACAUCAUUCUCCCAUAUACACGAUACUCCCUUCAUGAUGUUGUCACCUACAGUCCAGCUAAGCUUGCCAACAGCAAUGCUAAAGUAUUGUUUAUUUUGUACCAAGUACUCAUAGCAAUGCGUGAAUGCCAUGCAUCAGGACUGUCCUGUGGAGAGCUCUCCUUGCAGGAUAUAGCUGUUGAUGAGCAGCUUUGCAGUCGCCUCAGAAUUUCCCUAGCACAUUAUGAAAAAAUCAAUGAGGACAGGAAUGCAGCGGAGUAUGCAAUGAGAAGGCAAAUGCCAAAAACUGUAGACGAUACAGGUGCUGAAAAUUUAAGAAGAGAUGUCAGUGAACAGCACUGCCAGGAUUGUCAUGAUUAUCUCAAAUCUUUGGUCCUAGACUGGGUUCAUGGUAGAGUCAGCAACUUUUGUUAUUUGAUGGAACUGAACAGAUUAGCUGGAAGACGUGAGGGUGACCCCAACUAUCACCCAGUUUUACCCUGGGUGGUAGACUUCACUGUACCAUAUGGAAGAUUUCGUGAUCUCAGGAGGUCAAAGUUUCGUCUAAAUAAGGGUGACAAACAACUGGAUUUCACUUAUGAAAUGACCAAAGAAGCUCUUGUAGCAGCAGCUAAUGGAGGUGGUGGAAGCCUCUUUCCUUCCGAUCUUGGUGCAUCGGUAGGUCCUAGUGGUUCAGGACAGUCAGAUCAUCUCCAUGUGCCGCAUCAUAUUUCAGAUGUUCUAUCAGACAUUACAUACUAUGUCUACAAGGCUAGACAAACACCCAAAUCAGUACUUUGUAGCCAUGUUCGUUCUCAGUGGGAGCCCAAUGAAUACCCAGCUAGCAUGGAACGUAUUCAGAGUUGGACCCCAGACGAAUGCAUACCGGAAUUCUACACAGAUCCUACUAUAUUUCGGUCCAUUCACCCAGACAUGCCAGAUCUUGAGGUGCCUCCAUGGUGUAACUCCUAUGAGGAGUUUAUUGCAGUGCACAGGCGUCUUUUAGACAGUCGUGAAGUAUCCCAGCACCUACACCAUUGGAUUGACCUAACUUUUGGCUAUAAGCUGACAGGUAAAGAAGCAGUAAAAGCCAAGAAUGUAUGCUUACAUUUAGUGGAUAACCAUACCCAUCUAACCAGCUAUGGAGUUGUUCAACUGUUUGACCAACCUCACCCACCAUGCCUUGCACCUUAUCAGUAUUCACCAGCAGAACCUCCCCACCUUGGUCCUAUCAGUGUGUCAGCAUGGCAAAUCCCUCCUCUUGAGACUACAGUAGAUGUCGAUAGAACGGUGCCAGAGGCAACAGGGUGUGAAUCUAGUGGUUGGACACUGGUUGAUAGGGAUGACGAGCUUGAGCAAGGAACAGAGGCUCUUGAUUCCUUAGGUGCUACUGUCUCUGCCACCACGACUAUGCCAGUACCUAUUGUGAGCUCUGCAGGAGGGAAGACAACUGGGGAACAUGCUGUUUUGGUAUUGUCUCCCUCUCAUAGCUCUGUUCCUGGAGAAACUGCAAGCAGCACCAUAAAUACUCUUGGAUCUAUGGGUAAUAUUCUUCACAGAGGAACUUCAAUUAUUAAGAAGCAGGAAGGUAUCACUGUGUCUAACACGAGCACAGAUGAUUUCAAAAUAAAUUUGCCAGAAGGAUUCAAGCCUAUACAGCCUUUAGAAGAGUUAGAGAAGCUUAAUAUCUUCUUAGUUAAAGGGUUGCAUUCUGAAGUUCAGAAUACAAUGGAUGUAGACAGGAGAGUGUCAUGUACUGCAUCAAAAGCACCCUUGUCUUUUACAGACCUAUUUCACAGAGACAUGCAAGCCCUUGGUGUCUUCAUUGCAGAAAUAUUUUAUUCAUCAGAACUCCAAUGUAAAGAACCAGGCACAUCUUUGAAUGCCCGGUAUCGAGCAGUAAUGAAGUUUUGCUUUGCCAGUGUUAGGGAUAUCCCACUACCACUUCAUCAUGCACUUGAGAGCCUUCUACAGAUUCACAAGCACACAUCUGAGACUGAAUCUUUGAACUUGCACUAUGCUGGCCUACCAUUUCUUUUCAGAUAUGACCCAAUUUAUGAGGGCCUUCCACCGCCAAAUCCUUGGCAACUGCUUAGUCCCGUGUUAUCUCCAUUACCUUUCCCUGAAUAUUUCCCAGCACUCCAUCACUUCAUUUUCUCUUACCAUUCCAAGAUGGUGUCCAUCAACAGUGUUCACGGUCGGGAUAUUGUGUUCAGCUUAUGGCAACAGCUGCAGACUCUUCUACAGGGUGAUAUCACUGCAGAGGGACUGGAGAUUCUCUUACCUUUUGUGCUUGCUUUAAUGACAGAAGAAUCUACAGCUGUGUAUGCUGCCUGGUACUUAUUUGAACCAAUCUCCAGUGUCCUUGGACCACGCAAUUCCUCAAAAUAUUUGAUAAAGCCACUCAUAGGUGUGUAUGAAAACCCCCACUGCCUUCGUGGUCGUUUCUACCUCUACACAGACUGUUUUGUACUGCAGCUUAUAGUGCGGCUUGGCUUGCAAGCUUUCCUGUCUAGUCUUCUACCUCAUGUGCUCCAAGUUAUCACUGGAUUUGAAAGUUGUCGCACAGGGGCAGGGAAUGAAUGGGAUGGGCUUAAAGCCUUAAGGGGUGGUAUGGGUGGCUUAGGAGAAGAGGAGGAAGACUUUGAAUGUGUGGAUGGCAGGCCAUCAUCAGCUGCCUCAGCUGGCAAAGUGGGAGGAGGCGGUGGUGGUGGUAGUGGAGGUGUUGGAGUUGGAGACCAAGGACUUGUGGACUACUCAUCAGGCAUCAGUCUGAAUGACCAGGUCUUUAUUGCUGAUGGUGAGGACUUUCAGAAUGGCUUUUAUGUCAAUAAUGGAUCAUCUGUAGGAACAGCUGGAGUAUCUGCUAAACUGCAAGGCAAGAACUCUGCAAACAAAGACCAAGACCAGGAAUCUCUAAGUGUGGGUAAACUAAGCGACAAGAGUAGUGCCAGUGAGGUGUCCAUUGGAGAUGGAGACUCCACCAAGGAUCGUGCAAGUUUAAAAUCUGCUGACAGCAGUCAGGACUUAAAGCAGACCAGUGAUGGGGAAGAUGGAGGUGACCUUGAGGAUGAAGAUGCAACAGUAGAGGAGAAAGACAGAACAGUACAGAAAGUUCCUAGUCUUGAACUGACAUUGUCUGGUUGCACAGAGGAGUCUGAAGCCACAGUGGGUACCCUAGAGGGUGACUUCAUGAAUGGAAUGGUGCAAGGAGAGAGUGAGAAAAACAUAGGGUUAGAGGAUGAUGAGCAUGACCCUUCAGAGGACUCUGAGGAGAAAGAACACAAGAUAUUAUUGGACACUGUUUGCAAGACCGUAAGAUGGCUGUCUGCUAAAUUGGGGCCCACAGUAACCUCUCGAUAUGUAGCAAGAAAUCUUCUGCGUCUUCUUACUACCUGCUAUAUAGGCCCUGAGAAGCACCAAUUUUUGCUGUCUGCAAAUGAAGAGAGUAGCCUUGACAGUGCAGGAAGUGUUUAUGAAAAGAAACCAAUUGUUGGUGACCAGACUGCAAAGCCAGUUCUUGAUUGUCUCAUCUACAUCGCCCAUCUGUAUGGAGAGCCUGUUCUGACCUAUCAGUACCUGCCAUACAUUGGCUACCUGGUGUCUCCCCCAUCCUCCUGCCGCCUGAAUACUCGUAAGGAGGCAGGACUUCUAGGUGCAGUCGUGCUGACUCAAAAGAUUAUAGUUUAUCUAUCAGACACCACUUUAAUGGACAUGCUGAUGAAGAUCAAUCAAGAUGUGCUUCUGCCCCUGCUCGACCUGCUCACCUCACCCAAAAUGGGUUUUCCCAGUGGGGUGCAGUCCCGUUCUGCUGUGUGUUUGAAGACUCUCAGCCUGAUGGCACUGAUAUGGCUGCGAAUUGGCAGGGAGAUGGUGCAACAACACAUGGCAGACACACUUUGCAAGUUCUUUCAAGUCUUCUCUUUGCUGGACAAUCUGCGGAACCAGAUAGAGAAAGGCCCCCGAAAAGAGGUUGGAGAGUACAUAUACAUUGAUGUCUGCACUCCAGGGGGAACAGAGGUGACCUGUGAACUGGGUGUUCUGGAAGAACUUCAAGCCGUGUUCAACCCAGAGAUGGCGUAUACCUCCUAUGUCCCUUUGCACUGUCUCAUUGGUGAGACAGUUAUUCGCAAAUUAGUUCCUAACCAUGAAUUAGUUUGGGGACUGGCUAUGUCCUACUAUAACAAAGUAAGUCCAGGAAGCCCAGAAUCAAACCUACCUGGCGGUCAAAGCGCAGAGAUGCCCACUUCUUCCAUGGGCUUCUCCCCAAGCUUAAGUCACCAAUUUGGUCGCAGUCCUUUCCCAGCCCCCUCGUCCACCUCAACUCCUCUUAGUGGGGAUGCCCUUCCCGAGUCUGGAACCUUUGGCAGUCACUUGGUAGGAAAUCGCAUCCAAGUAGCACGGGACACUGAACCAAGUGGGAGCCCGAAUCAGUCCUCUCUUGAUAUCUGGGGACGGCCUCAUGUGAGCUAUAUUCCAUCAUCAAGCUUUGUCACGUCCAUGUUUGCCUCAAUGUCAGUGGGACCAGUUUCCUCACUUUCUUCAUCCUCUUGGGUUCUGGGUCACACUCCAGAGGACAGUGCACUGAAGCAGGAACUCCCACGCACUAGUCGUUCUCUGCAGGGUAACUGGCUGGCAUACUGGCAAUAUGAGAUUGGCUUCAACCAGCAGGACCCACGUUUCCAUUUCCACCAGAUCCGCCUGCAGAGCUUUUUGGGCCACUCGGGCACAGCUAAAUGUCUGGCUCCACUAGCUGGUGAGGACUACUUUCUUUCUGGAAGCAAAGACAAAACAGUGAAACUCUGGCCACUGUAUAAUCAUGGUGAUGGUACUCGAGAGGUGGAGCCUCGGCUGACGUACACAGACCAUCGCAAGUCUGUGUUCUGUGUUGCACAGCUGGAGGCGUUACAGCAGGUGGUGAGCUGUGAUGGCACUGUGCACAUUUGGGAUCAGUUCACAGGCAAGCAGAUUCGGUGUUAUGAAGCACUUGAUGGAAAGAAUCCCAUCACGGCCAUCACCACUAUGCCACCUCCUCACUGCAGCGUGGUGUUUGCCAGUGCUGACUCUAUCCUUCGUUUUAUAGACCCACGCAAGCCUGGCCUACAGCAUGAGUUUCGCCUGGCCUAUAACAACCUGAGUGCGGGUCUAAUCCGCUGCCUGGCUGUGAGCCCCGGAGGACGAACAGUGGCGGCUGGAUUCUCCUCAGGCUUCAUAGUGUUGUUGGAUGCACGGACUGGGCUGGUACUGCGAGGCUGGCCUGCUCAUGAGGGAGAUAUACUGCAGAUGAAGGCAGCAGAGGGGAAUUUGCUGAUUAGUUCCUCCACUGAUCACACUUUGGCAGUGUGGAAAGAUCUGGAGCACAAGCCCCUUCAUCUAUACAGGACUCCCUCUGAUCCCAUCCAUGCCUUUGACCUCUAUGGUGCUGAGAUUGUGGCAGGCACUGUAGCAAAUAAGAUAGGCGUGUACUCCAUGAUGGACAUCUCUGCCAGCCCAGCUAGUUGCACCAAACUUAGCUCUGAGAACUUCCGCGGGACCCUCACCAGCCUGGCAGUGUUGCCCACCAAAAGACUCCUGCUGCUGGGUUCGGAGAACGGCGCCAUCAGACUGCUGGCUUAAACACACGUAAAGCUCCAGAGCAAGCAGCCCUGAUUUUGAGUGUCUCAUUAAUAUAUUUGCUCUUUGCACCAGUGCUGGCUCCUCCUCAAAAUGGAAAAAAAAGCAAAGACGAUGUUCAUCUGAUGCACUUUUUAGCUAUUGUGGGGAGCUUCUGUGACUGAUAUAAGUUAUUUAAGAAUGUCUUAGCACCUUAGUCUUACUAAGGUUUAACAGAAUAUUCAAAGUCUUUACACAAUCAAAAAUCAAACGAUUAGCUUCACAAACAAUUUAUACGAUUUUAUACAAUUUAUCUAUGGAGUUUGUGACCAGCUGAUGUUUAUCUACAAGAAAUUCAAGGAUCUAAUUUCUUAUCCUGGAAAAAGACAAAUUGUUUCUAGAGACGAGUGGAUAAGAAGAACUGCUCAGGAAUGUUGAGCCAAUCACGGUUCCGCUGUAGUGUUUACACUUUCAAAAUAGGUGUACGAAAUCACCAAAACCCCACUGUGUGAAUCACAGAUCAAACCUUGUCAAUGCUAUAAUGUUACCAUGCACCUGAGGCGUUGAACAACUAUGCAGUAUUUGUGGGUUUUUAUUGGUAUUCUAUGUUGUCCUAAAUCCUCUAUAUCAUGAGUACCUUUAUUCAUGAACAUGUAGGUGGACCUUAAUGAUAUGAAAGGUAUGUCCGAGGAUGUCAUAUCUGUCAUUGCAUAUUGUUGUCACGUAUGCAGUCAGUUAAAGGCUUUUUUUUUUUUUUUUUUUCUUUGGAGGACCUCUAUAAGUAUGCGCACCACGGUAAAUGAGGAAAUACCUAGCCAUAGAUUAUCUAUGAGGAGGGGUUGAGUAACAGGUCAAUAAUCCCAUAUUAAAUGGGAUUUACAUUUUAGUGCAACAGUGAAUUCUUACAUAAUUUGGAUUGUUCCACAAAAUAAGCAAUCCUCAUAAUUAUAUUAAUUCAUUCUCUUAUGUAUACCUGUAGUAAUAUUUUUAUUCCUUAUAUACAGUAUACUUGUGUAUCCUAGAAACUAACCACUGAUUAUAGGGAUGUGAUUUGUAUGCACAUAGUAGUCUCCUAUUUGACAUUCCUAUUGGGCAGUAAUGAAGUUAUGCGUUUGUAAAAUUUAGUAAGUAAAAGAUGAUGUUUUACAGCUUUAUCGACAUUAAAUUAAAAAUCUGUUACACAAUCCUUAAAUCUACACUGGGUCAUGAUCAGACAAGGGUACACAUAAGAGACACUCCUGAAGCUAUUCUCGAUUAAAAUUCUGGUCAUAAUUACGCUUUGGAAAUGAAUUCAUAUUAAAGUUUCUAAUUUGAGAUCCAUCACUUGCAAUAAACUCUACCUGUUUGAUCAGACAUUUUGCUUGCACAAGUGCAAGUCUGCCUAGGAAUACCAGUAGUUUGGGAAUUCUUUAGUGAGACAAGUAGAUCUAGUUAUUUUGUGUCCACGUCUCUCAAACUGAUCAAUUGUUCAUGUCUUCAAGAUUUUACAUUGUCUAUUGUAAGUCUAACUGCAAUAUAUGGAAUUGUUUAACUCAGAGUAGGUUAUUACUCUCUUGCAGUUAAUUCUAACUUAUUUCUUUUUUUACUUUCAAGCCUUGCAAUUUUUUGCCAUGUAAUCAAGACAUCACAUUUGGACAUUUUCAGUGAUUUGAAGUAAACUCAAAUUGGUCAGAAA